AUUCAGGCACUUCGUGGACAACUAAUUUUGUUAGGCUUUUGCACGCUAGCCGAAACGGCUUUGUUGAUGUUGAGUUGGCACUUUGGCUUAGUAGUGGUUUUAUGUAUUGUGUAAGGGCGUUGAGCACUUCAGUGGGAGAGUAUGACGUUGCGAAGAGUUAACGUUGUCAUUCUGGUGCUGAUUGCAGUAGCAUUUUUGAUAAUUGUGCACCGCAACCUCAUAAAUCUGAAUGAUUUUUUAAGAAGGGAAGGCUCCGAUUCUGCUCACGUGGGACUACCGCACGAGUCUGAGUUUGACAUUGAGGCUCCUCGUAAGUUUGAGGUUGCGAGAGUGGGAAGAGAAAUUCCGGUGGUUAUCACUGCUGUGGAGGAGAGACUGGGAGCCUUGAUAGCAGCAAUGAACAGUAUCUACAGCAACAGCAAGUCCAACAUCGUCUUCCAUAUUGUGACAAUGAAUGAUACCGUAGAUCAUUUAAAAGCAUGGCUCAGCAAAACUGCCCUGAAAGCUGUUAAGUACAAAAUGCUACCAUUUGACUCUCGUAUUUUGGAGGGGAAAGUAUCCAAGAAUCCCCAAGAAACGGAAGCAGUUAAAUCGUUAACCUUUGCAAGAUUUUAUCUCCCUGUAUUUGUGCCGGAUGCAGAGAAAGCAAUUUAUAUGGAUGAUGAUGUCAUUGUUCAAGGAGACAUCGAGGAGCUGUACAACACGCCACUCAAGGCUGGGCAUGCUGCUGCCUUCUCUGAUGACUGCGACUCCACCGCUGCCAAGGGCAUCGUGCGAGGAGCGGGGAGCCAGAAGAACUACAUUGGCUUCUUGGACUUUAAAAAGGAGAGCAUAAGAAAACUUGGAAUGCGGGCAAACACUUGUUCUUUCAACCCUGGAGUUUUUGUUGCCAACCUCACAGAGUGGAAACAACAGAACAUCACAAAGCAGUUGGAAAAAUGGAUGGAACUGAACGUGGUAGAACACCUGUACAGUAGAACCUUAGCUGGCAGUAUUACGACUCCACCGUUACUAAUCGUGUUUUACAAACAGCACUCCAGCAUUGAUCCCAUGUGGCACGUCAGGCACCUUGGUUUAGUUGGAGCUGGAAAUCGUUAUUCAUCUCAGUUUAUAAAAGCUGCCAAACUGCUACACUGGAAUGGCCAUUACAAGCCUUGGGGAAGGGCAUCGGCUUUUUCAGAGAUAUGGGACAAAUGGUAUCUCCCGGACCCUAUGGGAAACUUUCAUCCUAUACGAAGACACACAGAAGACUGAUAAAACCUCUAGCAAGUUGGACUAUGCAUUGAAGCGCGUACUGCAUGACUUCAUUGUUUGUAAAAUCUCAGGAACGUGGACUUAAAGUUAUUUCAGUACUGUAUUCAAAGGAACCAUUUUCCAUGCAACACUUUAGAGCUACGUUUUGCUAAAUUGCAUGGCAGUAGAGGAGGUGAACCAGAGCUUCAGUUUAAGAACUAUAUAUACACACACAUGUGACUGAUUUCUAAGGGACUAUUUCAGCUAUAGAGUUGUUUGCCAAAUUGUUUUGUAUUUGUUGGCUCUUGCACUUUAACCUUUUGUAAUGUAGUGUUAAACUAGUUUUGUACCCAGCUUUUAGGAUUAUGUGGUAAAAAAGAGCUUUCGGUCAGGUCACAGGUGCUAUUCAAGCCUUUUUGUUUUGUCUUUCAAUUUUUCAGAAUUUUUUCAAGGAUGGAUUUCCAUCUUCACUUGAAAUGUAAAAGGUUGCAUUUUAGAGAUGAACACUUUAGAGAAAUCAGAAGUGAGCAGAAGGCACCUAUUGUGUAUAUUGUGUAGAUGCCUUCCCUAUAGCUACUAUCUUUAUUUUAAACAAUGUAACCACUUAUGAUACCAAACAUCACUUUUUGAGCAUGAAAACAGCAUGUACUAGUAUGCAUUCUGGAUUAAUAACCCUAUAGCUUUGAUAUUAGGUUUUUCAGAUUCAUUAAGUGAUGAUUUAGGUACUAGAUGACGUUAGUAAAGUAAAAGAAUGUAAUCCAGCUGUGUAUCUGUUAAUUAAUCCAGUACAAACUAAAAGACCAAUUUAACCCAAGACGUGUGAGCACACCUGUCCCCAGAUAACAAUAAAAGUACCCUUUAGUGUCAA